AUGGAGCACACAGCAGCCUGUCAAAUCCGUUUGAUAGAUGAGUCUAGCUUUAAGUUUGUCCAGUUUGCUUUCAAUAACUUGCACAUUGGCCAGGUGUAUGCUUUGGAGGGAGGAUUUGAAACCAUGUUGUCUGUCUCACAUGCAGACCAGCGCAUCUCCCACGUUUCCUGGACUAUGAGAAGACAUAGAAAUGAAGUGACGGUCGAACUAAGAAAGAACAAGAGAGAUGAACAUCUACUCAAGAAAAGAAAUGUGCCACAGGAGGAAAGUUUAGAAGAUUCUGAUGUGGAUGGAGAUUUCAAAGCUCAAAAUAUAACGUUAGAUGCUAUUCUUCAGAAUGCAACUAAUGAAAAUCCAGUCAUUCAACUCAGUGCUGUUCAGGCUGCAAGGAAGUUGCUGUCAAGUGAUAGAAAUCCUCCAAUUGAUGAAUUAAUAAAUUCUGGAAUCUUGCCUGUGCUGGUACGAUGUUUGGAGAGGGAUGACAAUCCAUCUCUUCAGUUUGAAGCUGCCUGGGCGUUGACUAAUAUAGCAUCUGGGACAUCUGCACAAACUCAAGCAGUGGUUGAAGCAAAUGCUGUACCUCUGUUUCUGCGAUUACUCCACUCCCCUCAUCAGAAUGUUUGUGAGCAAGCAGUCUGGGCUCUAGGAAACAUCAUAGGUGAUGGUCCUCGUUGUAGAGACUACGUCAUCUCAUUGGGAGUUGUCAAACCUCUUCUGUCCUUCAUCAAUCCCUCCAUCCCCAUCACUUUCCUUCGAAACGUCACAUGGGUCAUAGUUAACCUCUGCAGGAAUAAGGAUCCACCACCACCAAUGGAAACAGUUCAGGAGAUCCUACCAGCACUCUGCGUGUUGAUAUACCAUACAGAUAUUAAUAUACUCGUGGACACAGUGUGGGCUUUGUCUUAUCUGACAGAUGGAGGUAAUGAGCAAAUACAGAUGGUGAUUGAUUCAGGUGUGGUGCCUUUCCUUGUUCCACUGCUCAGUCAUCAAGAAGUCAAGGUUCAGACAGCUGCACUGAGAGCUGUGGGCAACAUAGUGACGGGUACUGAUGAACAGACGCAGGUUGUUCUCAAUUGUGAUGUACUAUCACACUUUCCAAAUCUUCUGACCCAUCCUAAAGAGAAGAUCAACAAGGAAGCAGUGUGGUUCCUCUCCAACAUUACAGCAGGAAACCAGCUGCAAGUGCAAGCUGUAAUAGAUGCUGGUUUGAUUCCUAUGAUUAUUCAUCAACUGGCUAAGGGAGAUUUUGGAACACAAAAGGAAGCUGCAUGGGCGAUCAGUAACUUGACAAUUAGUGGCAAAAAGGAGCAGGUUGAGUAUCUUGUGCAGCAGAAUGUAAUCCCCCCUUUCUGUAAUUUACUGGGAGUCAAAGAUGCUCAGGUGGUACAGGUUGUACUUGAUGGACUGAACAAUAUUUUAAAAAUGGCUGGUGAGGAAGCAAGCACGAUAGCAGAAAUGAUAGAAGAAUGUGGAGGUUUGGAAAAAAUAGAAGCCUUGCAGCAACAUGAAAAUGAAGAGAUCUACAAACUAGCUUAUGAAAUCAUAGAUCAGUACUUUUCUGGUGAUGAUAUUGAUGAAGAUCCAAGUCUCCUUCCUGAAGCGACACAAGCUGGAACUUUCAGUUUUGACCCCACAGCGAACAUUCAAGCAAAGGAGUUCAAUUUCUAAACUGAGAAGAUGCUGUAGCUUCCCUGCCCCUUGCCAAUCCAAACCACCAAAAAAAUUCACCAAGCAGAAGUGUGAUGGAGGCUCGAGAGACAUCUGCGCAUCUACAUUUGAUGCUUUUUGAAAAGCCUAAUUAUCAAUCACUCAGCAAUUGCCAAAAUUUGCUACCACAGGGAUUGUUGACACGUGUGCAUGAUUCUUGUGAGCCCAUGAGUAACUAUCAUAUCAACAAACUAGAGUAAUCCCCAACAUUACCUGUGAUUCUGCCUUUCCCUCCCUGGUACCUCAUUCCUGUGACAGCAGUAGCAGUCUCACUUACAACGUUGCAUAUUAGGCACACAAGAUAGUAGCUGUCUACAUAGAACAGAAAGAUUUCUGAACGAUUAGAAGUUUAAUAAUGGGACUUGCAAAGAGACUUGGCUUUGAUGUGUGAAAUAGGCUUCUUAGAAGAUUUUACACCGGGGCUUACGAUAGAAGGAUUUGCAAAUACCGUAGAACCAUCAUUGGCCAGAGCGGUCCAUGGAUGAACUAAAACCAGGAUUUUUUUUCUGGUAACUGCAAAAACAUUUUUUUGCUAUAGGGUGGUCUAACAAAAAAAGUCCUGCUUGCAUCCAUAUUAGGUUGUUGUGCUUGCACUGCCUCUCAGACUAGGCUGGAAACUAAACUUAAUGAAGGAGCCAAGUUUAACCACGACUUCUUGACAGUUUGUGCAAGUCUGUGAAAAAGAGCCCCAGCCGAUUACUACAACCACUAUUAGGAACCUGUGUUUUAAUUUUCUCUCCCUGCUCUUUCGAAGUACUUAUCAAAUGCUGUGCAUGGUGUUUUACCUGAGCUGCAAUUAUUAUAUCGAUGUGACUUGAGCCUCUGCUUUAAGCUGAAAGCAAGAUUCACCCACAUUUCAUGUUCACAUUCAAGUUUUUCGCUCCAUUAGGUAAAUCAGAGUCUGUACACAUGAUAAAAACUUAAAAUUAACCAUUUAAUCUGCUGCGAAUCUUGCUUCCAACUAUUAGGUGAAUCAGUAUUUUUUUAAUUUCAGGUUAAGCCAAUCCAGUAGUAAAAUAAAUUGUUGGACUUUUAAUGGGUUUAAACUGUGGAGCUUCCAUGUUUGCAGUGACACACAGUCUUACACAGUCGUGCAUCGUAAAUUGACCGUUCCUUACUGUGGAUACUGCUGAUAGCUGAGAACUAGCAGCUAUUUUAUUAAGAUUUGGUCAUGGACUUGAGUAUUAUUGAGAAGAAUCUAAAGCCACACUUUUUAUUCAAAUGAUUAGAAGCAAAUUUGAAAAGGAGUAAAAUGUACGAAAAGGAGUGUAAAUCUUUACAGGGAAUGUAAGCAUUGUAUAAGGCUGUACAGAGACUUACAGUUAAGUGUACAUCUGGUCCGUUAAUGUUGAAUGCUUUAUUUACUGUAUUUAAUACGCACCGGGAGGUUUUUUCGUAGGUAUUAGACUAGGUGACACUAUUCAGGGAUGGGGUUUGUUGCUGUGGUGACUGGAUGUAAACUUCCCCUCAUGCAUUAAUGUAAAGGGACAGAUUGCAUUUGAGCUAAUUUAGUUAACAAGUGUGGGCAGUAUCUACUGUAAUUGAAUCUGAAAAAUGCAAUCAAGCUCUGCUGAUGAGUUGUUUCUCAUUGAUGAACAAAAUUGUGCAGGUUUAUAUCCAUCUUAAUACCUUGCCGUCAAGACUGAGCCACUUUAAAGACUACCAUAUCUUGUAUCUUUAAAGGAUACAAGCUUAUAUAAAACUGCAAGAUUUUUACUUGCUGAUGAAACUGUUUUAAUGAUACGAAUAGUGUUUUGGCCUCGGUUAUUUAUAUCCUUUUUAUAAAUUUUAAAUUAAAAUCUCUCUUUAAGGUGGCUCAUUUCAGCUCUUCUGCCUGAAGAAUGAGUUGAAUUUCAUUGUGCCUUUGUUUUUCCUAUAUAUUUUUAUGUUGUAAAAUCUGCUACAUAUGGUAACUGCAUAAUAUCCAUUCGCACAAUAUAGAAUUUAAAAUGUUUUGUGUGUGAUUUACUAUGUGGAAAGAGACAUUCAGUAUAAAAUAAUUGUAGAAUCUAAAGUGCAAACUCAUGUUUAAAAUCUACCUCUUGUUUUAAAAGUCUGAUGGUCAAAAUAUAUUCCCUUGACAACCCCACCCCACUGCCCCCUACCAACCAUUCUUCUCCAUCCCCAACCUACCCACCCAAAUAAAAUUCCUCCUCCUCCUUGCAGUGUUGAUACCUGACUGGGAUACAAUUCAGAGGGUAGCUCAUCAGCAGCUCUGGAACUACAUGAAGCACCAGAGUCCAGCCAUCCAAGCCCAGCAGCUCAAUGCUAUUUGCAGUUGUUACAUAAUGAUUUGUCCAGUUUGAAUUUUCUUGGCUUGGGAAGGUGUGUGUUCAUGGAUUAAUCCUCAUUAGAAAAUCACAAUCUAUGCAAAUUAAUUGAGGCAUUUAAAUGUCACAUAUGCCCUGCAAGGAUCCUUGACACAUGCUUACUUAGCCCGUGAUGAUAGGUUCUAGCACUCUGGGGAUAAAAGACAAUACAUAUUUCAAAGCUGAAACUAUCAGUGGUGUCUGUGGAGUAUUUCAUUCAAUGGUAUCAUGUUAUUAUUUAAGGUGGAAGUCUUGUGUCGCAGGGAUUUAUGCUUUAGACUACAUGUCUAACAACAUGGUCACGUUUUCCCUUAAGCCUUGAGCUGUUUGCUAUGAUAUAUUUUGGAGGGGUGAACUUAAUAUGCUGUUUCCUGCUUUUAUCAGGUAGCUUGGUUGCUGUACCAUUUGAGAGUUCUGGUGGAAAAGUAUUUAUCUCUUCCUAUGCUUAUUGUAGAGAAACAUUCAAGGUUUGGUUUGUUUUGGGAAUGAUGAGUGAUACAAGUCCUGGGAGUAUAUUUCAGAGCCAAACUCUUCCCUUGCUAUUUUUGCAUUUCAGUAUCCAGAAUGUUGAAGAUAUUUUGAGUCAUUAAAAUAAUUUUACAAGUUAA